AUUAGUAAAUUAUAUUCUAAUGGCUUUUUUGAAAACCACAAAAAAAUCUAUUUUUUAAGAAACAUAAUUCAUGUAAAUGACAGCAAUGUCCAAAGAAAACGACCAAAAUUCUGUACAUAUCGAUAGUGUCUACGUCGACGGAUUAGAAAAAGAGUGCGUUACAAAAAGCGAUCAAAACAGCGAUUCGGGUGUCGAUACUGGAGAACUGAGUUCCGCUACGGCAAAUGCGUCUUCAGAUUCUGAAGUGUCUCCGCUUAAAGUUUCAGAUAAACCCGUAUCUGAAGAUGAAAUAAGUAAAAAUGAGGAUUCUAUCGAAAAUGAAAGUUCCUUCACUCCAGCCUCUAUAUCUCCCAUCGAACCAAUUGAAAACAUGAAUUCAGAUGAUUCGUUAAUUAAUGAAACCACCGACAAUGUUCUCACAAGAAAUAAAAAUGAUUUUGCAAGAGAUGAUGAAAAAUCUAGCAUUAAUUCAGAUAUAGAUACUUUACACAUUCCAGAAAAUGAACAAUUAGAAGUUUCCAUGUAUAUGCAAUCAGAUUUAGAUAAUGUCAAUAGAAAUUUCACAACAUCAACUGUUAGCUUAAAUGAGCCUAUCAAAAACCAGGAAAAUAGUAUUAUAUGUAAAUCACCUUAUAGUAAAAGUGCAGAAAACAUUACUAAUUUAGAUGAACCACAGACUAAUAGUCUAAAUUCUAGCACAAACACUAUAAAUACAGAUGAAAUUUUAUCCGAAUUUACUAAUCAAAAAUCUAAAAUAAGUGCCACUCAAAAGAUAAUACCUGAUAAUCACCAAGACGGAAAACAUAGUCGUCUACCAAAGGAAAUUUUAUCCCAAGAUUUGGGUAGUAUUGUUAAAAAUGUCCACGGAAUCUUUUGGUCUGUUAGUGGCAACAUAAAGAAUGCAUACACACAAAGAGUAUCUUCCCAAAAAGUUCCAGUUAAGAAUUUAAAACCAAUAUUAAAUGGUAAAGUUAUGAACGAUAUAUUUGAAAAUACAAUUGACAAUCAAAUACCAAAUUCCGAUAAAAUAAUCACGGAAGAGAUCAAAUCAAAUCCAGAGCCAAAUGAUGUAAACGGAGAAUGUGAUGAUAUGAAGAAAGAUGUAUUAAAGUUGCAAAUUGAAUCUUUGGAAAGAAUGCUAUCGGAACAGCGUAAAGAGAAUGUAGUGUUGAGGGAGAGAGUUAAACAGCAUGUGGAUGAACUAAAUACAAAAGAUCAGACAUUCAAAGAAUUAGAAGCUAAACUUGAUGUGAUGGGUAAAAAAGUGGAGCAGGCACAGCGGGAUGCGGAUGCUGCUGUGAUGAGAUACGCGGGAGCCGAGUGCGCGGCCAUUGAGGGUCGUCGUGCAGCCGAAGCAGCUAAACGCGCACAGCAAGCAGCGGUGACUGAAUGUGAACUGCUUGCUGGCAAAUUGAAGAGUGCACAUUCUGAGAAGCAAAGGAUAUGUCAGUUGUAUGAUGAUAAGUGCCAUGAACUACAAAAUAGUGAACGAGAGACGGCGAAAUUACGUGAAGAUGUAAAAGAAUUGGAAGGCAGAUUAAAAUGGACACAAAGCAAACUGCGUAUGGAAAUGGAUGCUUAUAAGGAAAGUUCGGAGCGCGCAGAGAAAUUAUCUCAGCAAGUGACGGAGCUAGAAGCGGCUAAGGAAGCUGCUGCAGCCGGCGCUACAGACUCCGCCAGAGCUAAAGUAUUAGAAAGUGAACUAAAGGAGAGUCAGGCCGCGUUAAUACUGUGCCGACAUGAGAGAGAUGAACUGGAGAGGAAGCUGACUUCAGUCGUACAGCAAUUAGACACGUGUAAGAGGGAAAGAGACGACGCGACUGCAUCUCUCUCUGUCGCUACUGAUGAAGUGGAUCGUCUGCGAGAACAUAAUGCACGUCUGGAGCAGGAAGCCGCUGAGCUUGCUGCGCUGAGGGCGCAGGCCGCGCUUGCUGACACACUCAGCUCACAGCUGCAGAGGGAGACAGAACGCGCAUCACAAGCCGAAGAGGCGUUAAGUCGUGAACGAGCACGCGCGGAGACGUGCGCGCGACGCGAGGCCGCCGCACUCGAGCACGCCGCACGUCUCACCGCGCAGCACGUCGCGCAACGCGCGCGCACCUCCGAGCACGAGGCAAAGGCGCAAGCACUAUCCGCUGACAACGUGUCAUUACGCGAACGCGCUGAAGCUUUAGAAGCGGAGGCAGAGAAACUUCGCAGUGCAUUAGCUGAGGAGGAAGAGAGAAGACAGCGGGAGAACAGAGUGCUGGCGAGAAAGGUAGCAGAGUUGACGGAGGAAGUUGCUGAAGUAAGCAAGAGACUUGAGUGGGAGAAAGGAGAGAAUAGCGUGUUAAAGAAAAAAAAUUCCAGUGCCAUAAAGGAAUUGAAUCGCGAACUGCAAAGAGCUUUGAAACGUAGCGAGCAACUUGAAGCCAGAUUACAGAACGAUGCUGCUUCUAAUAGAACUGGUUCUGUAACGUCUUUGAGUAGUGGCGAAGGUGCACAAAGCGAAGAACGCGCCCAAAAUGGCUUACCAGAGUCACUCCCUGAUGUACAGAUAAAAUAUCCAAGUCUUUUUGAAAAGCUAUUCGUUAAGACACGUGAACCGGAACGUCAAGCUCUGAUAGAGCGCAUAGUAUCACUGCAGCGCGCGGCCGCGAGGCGAGCAGAGCGCUGCGAGUUCCUGGAGGAGCACGCGCGUCAGCUCACAGCUGAGCUGCGCGGUAAAGCGCGUCUGCUGCGACAUCUGCUGGCUGCUCAGCCUGCUGGAGCUGUCGCCAACAGUGCUAGUGACACCAACAAGAAGGAAAUAGCGAUGUUGGGUGGUGGGGCAAUGGCGGCCCUAUGGGGAGGUGAUCCUGCAGGUCUCACGCCACAGCUCUCCCUCGAGAUGAACCGUCGUCUGCAGGCGCUGCUUGAAGAUACACUGCUCAAGAACAUUACCCUCAAGGAAAACAUAGACACACUGGGCGAGGAGAUCGCGAGGUUAAAAGCUGAGAAACAGACAGACCACUGAUUGUAGGCUUAAUGCAUUCUCAUAUAUGUCGUCCCUUUCUAAUCUAACAGAAUGAAAGAGAUAGCUAUAUAAUACAAAUAUCUAUAUGUUUUGUGCUAUGUUCUUGUAAAUAU